GAAGUGAAGCAGGGGAAAUUUCCUCUGACCUACGAUAGUUUGGUUGCCAAACUUGACGAAAUCUUAUUUCCUCUCCAAUACUCCAUGCAACUAAUCAGUGGUUUCGGGGUUAUCCAGGAUAAUUCCAUUUGGAGGCUCAUUGGUGGUCGGCUGUUAUCCAAGGUUCUACAAGCGCAAUCCGAAAAUUUUUACUCGGAUGCAACCAUAUAUGAAGCUCUUCACAAAAUUCUCCUAGAACUGGAUGACCCUAAAGGAUCCAAAAAAGGCAUUUUACAGCAGUUCUUGGCCGAAAGCUGGGCUUGCGGUGCCGGGCUGUCUACUAUAGCCUGUCGAAACUCUGAUUCACCCCCGUCCAAGCCCACGCUAUGUGCCUCCUGCCCACUGGACCAUUUUCCGCACGGCCUUUCUCCGCGGCAGGCCCAGAAGCGUCUCUCCGAAUUGCAGUACCUACGCGGUGAACUAACCCGUAUUGAGCGUGAAUUCGAACGAAUGGUCGCCAGUAGUGCCUUUGUUAGUUUACCGCAAACCCAACGUGCGGCCAGACUCAGUGGACGCUAUCAGGGUUCUCAGAAUAUCGACUCCCAGCUGCCUGACUAUCUUACAAAUGCGCUCUCCCCCGAUGAUCAAGGGCAAGUGCCAGUGGCGGAGUCUGAUCUCGCGGCGUCAGCCCCGCCCUGGCUGUUUCGAGUCCUGGGUGGUCGUCUCGAGGGUGGUUACGUGACGGGAAUGCGGAUUCGUCGAACGGUGUGGAGGGCACUGGUCCAAAGAGCAAGCACUCGCAACUUUGGAGGUGCAUCUGGUCAUCAUGCGGCUAAUGAUGAACGAAUUCAAAAUAUACGGAAAUUGCGUUCUCAGGUGGCCGAACAGUUUAAUGCUCCCGAUUGGCUCUCCUUGGUUUGGCAUCGAUCCGCUCCCGGAGGUCGUGGUCCUGAGAGUCCGCAGAAACUCGUCAAAGAGGUACUUGAACCGCUGCGAAAAAAACUUCUACCACUUGGGAAACUCGAGUGGGUUGUACUCAGCGAGUGGGCGCCACCCUACCUUCGGAUUCCGCCGCUCCUGCCGAAAGUCCCGGAACUGCGUGAGAUGGCAGCCACUAAAGUCUUGCUGGAUGAUCGGCAGCAGUUGCUAGGCGGUAAUUCCGCUGAAGUAAUGAGCGUCGCUGCUGGUUUUGGUACCUGCUUGCAGCACGUCAUCAGCCGGACACCCUCCCACAUGUUCACGGGACUUUCCGCACCUCUGCCAGGAGUGACUUUCGCAGGGUCCACAGGAGGCAUUCCGGUGCGGGACAACUUCUUUCUCACCCAUGACCUUCUGCAGCUCCUACUUCUACGUUCGAGCAGCCUGCGUAGAUCCGUUUUUGGAGAGGGUCACUCAAUGGCGGACUCCCAGAAGGGUCCCAGUUGGAAGUCGGGCGCAGCCAAUGUGAUUGGUAGGCAUUUUCUGUUGCCUCCCCCGUUGUGUGCCACGCAGUACAGCCACUGGCGGAUUUUCGACCAGGGAUAG